GCCUCGCAGGCCUUUUUGUCUGAUUUUAUUUUUCACCCCCAGGCCCAGGCCCUGGCGCGGCAACCCUGGCGAGAGCCUCCUUCCUGCUCAGCCAGCCCGUCCAAAACGCCAAACCGAGCCCGACCGGGCGAGGCCUCUAAUAACUCUGCUCCUCCCACCUUCAACCCACCCGAGUCUGCGGGCGGCCGAUUCGUUUUUGUUUCUUUUUGUUCCCGCCGCCGCCGCCGCCGCCGCACGCCCAAUCCCGGAUCCUAACCGUGGGUUCCAGGAACCUACUACACACCAGGUACCGAUCGAGGUUGCUGCUUUCCGACGUGCUGGGAAGCUGGGCAGCCUGCCGCCUUGUGAAUGCCAGUUUUCACAUUUGUUGCGAGCCCAUUGUCCUCUUCCAUCACACUUGCUCGACCCUGGUUUAGUUCUUUUUAUUUCUGCCUGGGCAAGGAUACACGCCUGAACAAACGCCUUCCUCACCACCACUCCCUAGCCUACUCUACGCCGCCAACGAAACCGGACGAAAUAAGUAUACUAAAGAGGGGAGAUAGCUAUCUUCCCCUCGUCCACAUCUCGCCUCAUCAAACACACGCCAGCCAAGCCGGCCUCUGUCCUCGAAGGCAGGAGACACUCUCUAUCACAACAGCCGACGCGAUUCCGACGCCGCCAUGCAGCGUAUGUCACUGCUGAUGCCGUCCUGGGACCGCACAAGGUCCGUCGACGGCAAGGGCAAUGGCGGCGCUCUGAGCAGGGUGUUUGGCUGGGCCGACAAGACCGGUGCCAGCCGCCGUUCAACCGUCGCCCCCUCGCUAGGAACCGUCUCCGAGACCGGGAAUUCGACACAACAACCACCCAAACAGUCCAAGUUUGGUCGCGAGACCUACUGGCCGAGCAGCAUAGAAAAAGAGUGCGAGAAGGCCGCCCGCAUAUUGAAGUCAUUUUGCACCGACGGCUUUAUCUCGUAUGAGCCACAAGACGACGCUAUGCCUGCAACACCCACGACGACAACGCCACCAACUCCGCCUCCCACUACCACACGCGCAAGAUCCUCGACUGGGACCCAGAUCAUGAAGAAGAUACCGUCUAGGAUAGUCCAGAACGCUGUCGGGCUGGCUAUCUUCUCAUGUAUGCGGUCGGGGCUGUGGAUGUCGGGCUCAGGAGGCUCUGGAAUCCUCAUCGCACGCAAAGCCGAUGGCACGUGGUCUACUCCGUCGGGUAUUCUUCUGCACACAUCAGCCCUGGGGUUCGUCGUGGGCGUCGAUAUCUACGAUUGCGUCUUGGUCAUCAACAGCGUCCCGGCCCUGGAAAUGUUCACACGCGCCCGCGUGACCUUGGGCACCGGUGUGCCUCUUACCGUGGGGCCUGUCGCCCCCAUGGGCCUGCUCGAAAACGACAGUUCCAGGUGGAGGGAUCUCGACAACACGGUUCUGACCUAUCUCAAGGCUAGGGGCCAGCACCGGGCCGUAAACCUGGAUGGCUCGCUGGUGACGGAGCGCGGAAAUGAGAACGAAAAGUUCUACGGCUCCGCCGUUGACAUCCUCGACGUCCUGGCUGGGAACGUCCGCAAGUCUGUCCCAGAGAUAGCACCUCUGUUCGAGGCCAUCAAGGCUGCCGAGGGCCGUAGCGACUUUGACAUCGACAUCAUGCAGUCGCUUGCACAACAACCUGCGCCUGGUGACGCGACGAUCGAGACCCCGGCAGGGACGCCCGUAUCACCCACCAAGUCGACUUUCGGCCUUCCUAGCGCUGACGAUCCCGACCCCUUUGGAGUCAUCGCGCUAGAGAUGGCUGGGUUGGAAAUCCGCGAGGCAGGGAACAAAAACCGCCCGGUCAGCAGCCAAAUCGACUAUUCACCAAGCCCUACCAGCCCCAUGUUUAGCAACUUCAACCGCCAGAGCGUCGAGACUUGCCUCAGCCACAGUAACAGGGGGAGCUACAUGUCAAACCGGACCCAGGCUACCACCGUGACGGAUGCCUUUACGCAGACCGAUGUGGGCGAGUCUACCAGCCCCUCUCCUUGCCUUCCCAAGGAGGGCGAUGACAAGGCUGCCUCCUCACCUGAGAUCGCCGCCGUUAUUCCGGAACCCGAGGAGAUUGACUACACCAAGAUCGACCUGAGCGCCCUCGCAGGCCUCAAUCGCCAGUCCUUGGAUGCAUCCCCCGUGAUGCCCACCCCGCCAGCACCUGCCGUCGUGACCGUCAUCUCCCGAAGCCAAACUCCUGCCCCCGGGGCUCAAGGGGCUCGACAGGAGCCCACCUGUGACGGCCCUUCUGCACAUGAUGAGCCGGCUUCUGCUCCCAUCUCAGACGACGAGGAAGACCGCGACGGUGAUGCCGACGACGAAGACGACGAGGACGACGACGAGGAUGAGCCCAUAAUCUUUGAAGUCGCCACAGCGGCCCAGCCCGCGCGCACAGCCAUCAUGGCCACCCAGGUUACGCAGGUGAUCCAAGCCAAGGGGGCUCUGGUCACCAUCCCCAAGCGCCUUGCUCCCGCACUACCGGAGAGGAACCCGGCUCGCCGAUCACGAGCUAGCAGGAGCGACUACAGCGGUGACGUCUCGGCCCUGCAGAGCCCCACUCGGCCAUCGUUCGAUUCGAGCGUGAAGGACGAGGACCGGAGCCCCAGCCCCGCAGCCGAGGCGCCCCAUAACGACGGCGUCAUGGAGUCGACGCCGGCUGUCGCUCAACCUCAUCAUCGUACCACCUCGUCUGUCUACACGGCAGGACACGAGAUGCUGGCUGCACCCACCACCCCGCUCCCUAUGGAGUGCUCUUCGGCCGACGAAGAGUCGGUCCGCGAGCCUCAGACGCCUAGACUGGUCGAUGACAUUCGGCCUGGGCGCCACCAAGACGCCAACGGAACACAGAACGACAUGACGCUGAAACCUAAUAAUUUUAAUUCCGCCACCAUCGAGGUCGUAUAACCCCGAGACCAUGGGCCACACACGUACGCACGCCUCUACGCGUUUUUAACGAGACAUGAUGAAUCAUACUAUACCCUCUUGGUAACACUCUCCUUACCUCGUCAGCGCAUCAUCACCGACUCACACGCCAGCCUUGCACCGUUUUUCUUUUUCGUCUUUUUUGUUGUUGUUUCUUGAGGAUAUCAUUGCUAUUCGAGAGAUACCAUGCAUUUUCCGGCAUUGCACCAGUCCAGUCAGCGCGGUCGGUCGGCCCCCCUGUUGGGCAGGGGUUCAUCUGUGAUAGGGGUGCACAUACCCUGUUUCUUCAUUUUUUUACGUUCGCUCUUUUCAUCAACUGUUAUCUGAUCACGGCUUGUGCUCUGCAGUCUCUGAAGAGAAGCAAGUGGCAAACGAUUUCUUGGGUUUUGGGUACUGUAUACCACGGGCUGGGGGAAAAGGGUCGGGGCCAUAUCAGGCGGCGCUCUCUACGGGCUUGGAAUACGGAGUCCACUUUUUCUUUUCUUUUUUCACCCUGUCAUUUACUCAUUUCUCUUCUCGCUGGCCUUCUUGUUUCCGCAAGGAUAAAAGAGUUGUGCCAGCAGCGACAGAGUGUUUGACUCGUCUCUUUCGCCCUUUUUUUUUUUUUUNUUUUUUUUGUU